CUCCAAAGACGAACCAGUGAACUGCUGCUAUAACUACUCUUCCCUUCCUCCUUUCUUCUCUUCCGAGAUGGCUCUGAAUUCAGUAUCGCCACUAUCUAUUAAAUCUCUUCACGUCUCUUCUACGUCUUCUAGGUCUCAUUCAAAACCCUUUUCUCCCGUCUGCCAAAUCAACUCAAACACUGAUACUAAGAAAUGGGGAAAACUGGUUUCCGCCACAUUGGCGGCGGCGGUGAUUACCUUCGGCUCCGACCUAACAGCUCUUGCCGAUCUGAACAAAUAUGAGGCUGAACUGAGGGGUGAAUUUGGUAUAGGAUCCGCUGCUCAGUUUGGUUCUGCCGACCUCAAGAAAGCCGUUCAUGUGAAUGAAAAUUUCAGAAGAGCCAAUUUCACAGCUGCUGAUAUGAGGGAAUCUGAUUUCAGCGGUUCAACUUUUAAUGGCGCAUAUCUUGAGAAAGCUGUCGCAUACAAGGCAAAUUUUACUGGUGCUGAUUUAAGUGAUACAUUGAUGGAUCGAAUGGUUCUUAAUGAAGCUAAUCUCACAAAUGCCAUCCUAGCUAGAACAGUCCUUACACGUAGUGACCUUGGAGGUGCCGUCAUUGAAGGGGCUGACUUCAGUGAUGCUGUUUUGGAUCUUCCCCAAAAGCAGGCUCUAUGCAAGUAUGCCAGUGGCACAAAUCCUGUAACAGGAGUAAGCACGAGAGCGAGCUUAGGUUGUGGGAACAAAAGACGAAGUGCGUAUGGUUCUCCAUCAUCUCCAUUGUUAAGUGCUCCUCCUCAGAAACUGCUUGAUCGAGAUGGUUUCUGUGAUGAAUCAACUGGUCUUUGUGAUGCAAAAUAGUUGUUUGGACGUUGGAGCAUGAAGUUGUUAAGAUGCGGCAAUAUCCAUAUUGUGUACAUACAUACUUAUGUAUUAUUAGAGAUCCCAAUUGCAGCAUCUGAGGGCUUUGGAACAACACAUCCACUGUAAUAAUAUGAUAUCUAAUCAAUUAUUCUAUUUGAAAACUAUUGAGUUGAAAUUUCUUGCACUGU